ACUGGCAUUUGGGCUGUGAGGGACUGUGUCUCUGUAUGCAUUUCGUUACUAGAGCUGUGCUUGUGGGGUCUCUCGCCUGCCGGGGGUUUAUUCGAGCGAUGGCCACGCAGGCCGACAAUUGGCACCAAGCCAAAACCAUUUACGAGUUCUCUGCCAAAGACAUCGACGGGAACCUGGUCUCUCUAGAGAAAUACAGGGGUUUUGUCUGCAUUAUCACCAACGUGGCCUCUAAAUGAGGCAAGACCCCCGUAAACUAUACUCAGUUUGCGAAGAUGCACGAGACGUACGCUGAGAAGGGUUUACGCAUCCUGGGCUUCCCCUGCAACCAGUUUGGCCAACAGGAACCAGGCACCGAGGAGGAGAUCAAGGAGUUUGCGAAAGGGUACAAUGCGAACUUCGACCUCUUCAGUAAAAUCGAUGUCAACGGGGACAAUGCCCACCCGCUGUGGCAGUGGAUGAAGGAGCAGCCACGUGGAAAAGGAACUCUGGGAAACAAAAUCAAGUGGAAUUUCACCAAGUACUGGGUUCGAGGGCUUUCUGUUUCUAUGUUCUGGCAGUUUCUCAUUGACCGCGAGGGCCAUGUGGUGAAGAGGUACUCCCCACUGGAUGAUCCCAGCGUGGUGGAGAAGGACCUCCCCCAGUACCUGUAGUUCACCUGACCCCCACACACACACACGCACCCGGCCUCUCCCGGGGCUCGCUGGGAGCAGGUGAGUCAACCCCAGAUCUGUGAUGGCCUGUCUUCAAACCCGCGUGGCGGACUGGACUGGCCUGAUGACUUCUUCGUGCACCCCCCUGGGGUGACCCACCACCUCCUUCUACAGCCCCCACACGAGGACCACCUUCACAUUAGGAGCACCGUGGAUGUUUAUCGAGUGAGACGUGUCCAGUUUGUAAAAUGGGCCAAUAAACUCACAUGGUCUCUUCA